AUGGAGCGCCGAUCCACAGACGGUGUUGCACAAGGAUCAUCAACUUCAACACCCACCUUGUCAAGACACCCUGUUGAUGGUGAUGAAAACAGUGCAGAGGAAUUCAAAUGUCACAUUUUGACAGCUUACCCAAAACUGAAUAGCUGUGGUGGCUUUGAGCUUUUAAGAUUGUCUGGUAUGACCAGGAGCAAAAAACUUUCUGUGAUGCCUUGCCCGAACACAGGGUAUACCAUCAAAUCUAUCAAGGACCACAACAAGAGUGCCAUAAUCUAUAUACGUCCAAUGCAAAAGGACAUUGAUACAACUCCUGUGGAACCAGAGUCAGUUGUGUCUGGGCCCAAGGAAAGAUGUCUGAUUUGUGAAGAAGAUAUUUUUUUCUGUGAACUCAAAGAUCAUGUCAAAAGCUGCAGGUCUGCAAGUGAGAUCAGUAAAGCAUCAACAAGCAAUUAUCCUUCAGAUGGUCAGGAAUUUCCCAACACUACUGAUCGAGCUGAAGUGGACAUAGAUCAAUCAUCCACAGAUUCUGAAAUAGUACAGUUUAUUGAUUUAACAGAAGGCGAGCCAAUGCAGGAGUCCUUAGAUGAAUGGCGAUCCUUACGUUGUCAGCAGGAUCAAGAGUACCAGGAGUCUUUGCUUGCAGAUCAAGAAAAGCAUAAUAUGCAGAAGCAUUCUUUGGAAAAUGAAGAAAGACGUAGAAAGGCUAUACAUGAGAGACAGUUGAGAAUGGCUGAUGUUCCUGAGCCAGCUGAUGGUGUUCCACUCAGAUUUAAGUACCCCAGUGGCAUUACAAGAACAAGAAAAUUUGUUCUGUCUGAAUCCAUUCAGAUAUUAUUUGAUUUUGUCGGAGAAGAUGAUGAUGCUACAGAGUAUUUUCACAUUCAAGAUGCUCUGUCAGUAACAACUCUUAAAAGCAACAUGACUGGAACACUUUUGGGGAACAAUAUCAAUGGUUCAAGAACACUUUACAUCCACUGGAUUCAAAUUGAUGAUUUGGAGUUUGUCCCAGCACUUGAUUCCAACAAUCAAGCUGAAUCUCCCAGUGUCAGCAACCAGUUCUUUCCAAUGCCAGCAACUUCUUUUUCUUUGCCAUCAUCACCUACUUUUUUACCAGAGACGGACAGCUCAUUCUUUCAUGAAGGACAUUAA